UAAAGUCAAGAGAAAGAUUAAUCGAUCAAGUUUUAUCGACAUGGAAUAACUAUAUCGGUGAUGACGGAAAGUAACUGACAAGUAGAUGACAACGAUGACUACGUAUUCCGGUUUUAUAUAUUUCUCGAUCGAAGGAUUCUUGUUUGUGAUAUCACCGAUGGAAAAGAAAAUAAGAAACGAGAGACAAAGAGAGAAAGAGAGAAAGAAAGAGAGAGAGAGAGAGAGAAAGAGACAGAAAGUUCGCAGAGGGUGUUUGCGAUGGGUGCUGCCGUGGGUGCACGCGACAUCACGUGACCACUGUCAGGUUCAAUGACGACGACCGCGUAGAAUGGCCACGGCCGAGUGGCGCCGUUCUAAUGACGUUCCCUGCUCUUUUCUUCUUUUUUUUUGUCCUUUCUUUUUUUCCUUUUUCUUUUAAUUUUUUAUUCUCGACAGAUACCGGCACCCUCUACGUAAUGGCUUUCCCUACUGGCACCUGUCCUCUAUGCUGUCCGAUCGAUCUCGAUCGAGAUGUCGAAUAUCUUCUCUUCACGAGACGAAACCCACGAGUAGCCAACGUGUUGAGCAUAUUGAAUCCACUAUCCUUACGGAAGAGUAACUUCGAUAAAAGAAAUCCUACAGUCGUUUACAUCCACGGAUACAGCGAAAGUGCACCAGGCGAGAGUUCAAAUGCCGUAAGAGAUGCUUAUCUAAGACGUGCUGAUUACAACGUCAUUUUGGUCAACUGGCUAAGACUGGCAACGUUACCGUGGUAUCACACGGCUGUCGAAAACACGAGACUAAUUGGUCCCCAUGUGGCUCGUAUGAUCAGCUGGUUGGAUGCACAGAAAGCGGUUCCAUUAUCAAAAAUUCAUGUUAUUGGAUUCAGUUUGGGCGCCGAGGUAGCCGGAUUCAUGGGCAAGGCUUUGGCUCCACGUUUGGUCGGAAGGAUAACCGGACUGGACGCGGCUUAUCCGUUGUAUAUGAAUACCGGAAGAGAAGGUCACUUGACGGCUAGCGAUGCGGCUUUCGUCGACGUUAUUCACACCGACGGUGGGAUCUUUGGAUUUCCAAAUCCUUUAGGUCAUGCUGACUUUUAUCCUAAUGGUGGUAAACCACCUCAACCUGGAUGUACUCUUGGGAAUAUUCUUCGUCGCGGUUUUAUGUUACUUAUCAGAGAAAAAAUCACCUGUGGCCAUUACCGAGCGUGGAUGUUAUACGUAGAAUCCGUUAGAAAUCCCCUUGGAUUUCCUGCCAGUCGUUGCCCAAGAUGGAGACCGGAAAUCCAAGCAAACUGCAGAUGGACUCCGGAUGCUCUCAUGGGAUUCGCUGUAGAUCCGAAAACCAGAGGGAAGUAUUACUUGAGGACGAACGAACGCUCGCCGUUUGCACGGAAUGCAACGGGAUAUCAUUUUUAAAGGGACGUUCUCAUUUUCAACGAACGAUUUUCUUUAAAUCAUUAUCAAACAUUUUAAUCGUCAUUUUGAUCUCAACGUAUUUCGAUUGCUAGUACAAACUUAACGUUAAGUUAAUUUUAUAUGUACAUAUCUUAC